AUGGAAGCAGCCGACUGGCCCAAGGUUGAAGAAGAGACUCUACCAGAUUAUAUCGCCUCGCAGUAUUAUCCAACUCGAAUUGGAGAAGUCAUCAACCAGCGGUAUCAAGUGAUCGGUAAGUUAGGAUUUGGGUCUACGUCAACGGUGUGGCUUGCACGGGACAUGGAUGAUCGGCGUUAUGUCAUGGUCAAGAUCUUUAUUCAGGCUUCGUAUAUGGGCCAACAGGUGGAUAACGAGUUGAAUAUGUAUAAAUACAUGGAGCAGUCCCCUGCGACCCAUCCCGGCCGCGACGUGAUAAGAACGUUACUUGAUACGUUUUACAUCGACGGACCUCAGGAUAAGCAUCGAUGUCUUGUGCAUCCCCCAUUAUGGGAGAGUGUUUUGGCUUUCUUACGCCGCAACCCAAUAGAGAGACUACCCUCACCAGUCAUCGCAGUGGUCCUUCAUCAUCUGUUUCUAGCAUUGGAUUAUCUUCAUACAGAGUGCCACAUUGCACACACUGAUAUUAAAGCUGACAACAUCAUGUUCGGAAUCAAGGACGAUUCAGUCUUCACUGACUUUGAAGAGUACGAACUCCAGACCGUGAUCAGCGUUCCAUGGACGUUCAGCGCAGAUAUUUGGAAUGUGGGAUGCAUGAUCUGGGACAUAUACGAAGGUGGUUCCUUAUUUACAGGCCAAGACCCCGAAUUUCAAAGAUACCGAAGCCGAGCCCAUCUUGCCGAGAUGAUCAACCUUCUCGGGCCCCCACCUCCUAGUCUUGUUAUCCAGGGGGAGCUGAGCGACAAAUUCUUUUCGAGCGAUUUCCUGAACCAAGAUUUACUGACUGGUCUAGUGCCGCUUGAACAGAGGGAAACCACUCUCGAGGGGACAGCGGAGAGAGAGGCUUUCCUACGUUUCAUGCGCAAAAUGCUACAAUGGGAGCCUGGCAAGCGGAGCUCAGCCAAGGAGCUAGCGGAAGAUGAAUGGAUACAUCGCCAUAUGUAA